CCUCAUCACCCCUCGCUCCAUGCUUCGAGGCGCAACGAGCCAUGUCAGAGCCAAUGUACUACCACAGGCUCAGGCUCGAUGCGCGUCCUCUUCGUCUUUAUCAACAUCCUCCGCACCUACGCGCCGACUCACCGCACUGACCCAGCCGCAAAAGAAUCUCUACAGAGCUCUUGAGCAGUUGACGGUGCCUCAACCUCGAUCGGCCACAGAAGCUGCCAACCAUCGACCACACGCGGCGGCUCGAAAGCCUGAGGAGCUCCUCUCCUAUGCCAAGUGGUUCGUCGCGCAGUCGCAAUGCGCUGCUGCCGGCCCAGCCGACGCAAAGGGCAAAGCAAAGGAGAUGGCGCCCAUUCCCAAGUCUUCUCUCUUUGACCAUUCGCCUUCAUCCUGGGCUCUUCUACUGCGGACUGCAGCCCACGUAGGUGACGGACGGGCAUUUGUUGCCAUUCUCGACGCAUUCGCGCGGUGGAAGAAUGAAAUCGGCUUCGUGAGCGAGGAAGAACAAGACCUCAAUCCUGCCCCACCUCGAGCCUCCCUCACCAACUCCUCCAACGACGACUACACCACGAUUCCCCGCGUCGAACAGCUUGCCGCCUCCCUAGUCUACACGCUUCGCCGUCGGCACCACAUAGGCAAGGAAGCUGGCUCUCACCCCGUCUUGCAGCUCCCCUUCAUCACAGAGGGUACGCAGCGACUGCACGCAGCGCGAUACAGAGAUGAGCUGCGGCCAGAGGAGAUCAAAACCAUCUUCAUGGAACCAUUGCCUAUACCCGAGAAUUGGGCGGGCUUGGCUUCCCCUGGUGGUGAAGCACAGGUGCGAGAGCAGGGCACGGGCUUCUUCUCGUCUUCACGCCCAGCUACGAGCAAUGAUUCGCAGCAAGGCAGGCAGCGCAGGCGGCGACGUCCUCUCAUUACCUGGCUUUCGACCCUCAAUGCUAACCAAAAAGUCAAACGACAGAUCUAUGACCUUAUGAACGUCUUUCGACAGGCGUAUGAGGAUCGAUGCGUAGAUGAGGAGGUGCUGAGGCGACGUAUACGGAUCCUCCAGGCUGGCAGGGGAGAAGACGCCCGCUACCCUGGGCCGAGUGCGUUGAAUCUGCAAGCCCUCGGCGAGCUCGAUGAGCAAGAUUCACUCCUCUCCGUGCUGGUCAGGAGAGAGGUGCUCGCAAAUGCCGUCGUACUCAAUUGGUUGCGCGGGCAAAACAGCUCAAGUGAGACCGGACCGCCAGCCUGGUUGUUGCACCUUGCAUUGAGAAGCUUCGCCCAACGCGGGGACACGCAGAGAAUCAGAGAGGUCAUCGCUGCUCUCCUGAAGGAGCAGCAGAGGCGUGGAACGGUGGUUAGCGGUCAGGAAAGCGGGCUAUUGGCGGGCGAAGAAGACGACCAGGAGCCUCCUCAAUCGCUCGCCGCAGAUCUCUUCGAAGAGGACCAGCAGCAACGAGAUCCAUCGCUCGAAUCGACAUCAGGCGCUCACUCUGACAGUCCUUGCUCACCUUUCUCACACAAGACCGACCCGAAGCCUCUGCCGCCGCUUCUCCUCAAACCGCGCACCCUCCUCAACCUGCUGCUUCGCUCUCACCAGCUACACGCCCUCGACGCAAGGAGUGGCCGUCGUGCCCUUGCGUCAGCGUGGCAGGAUGUGCGCUCCCUAUGCAGUCGGCCAUCCACUGCUACUCCUCGGGGAAGUGCUAGCUGGUGGCAUCCCAACGAGACUAGCGUGCUCCUGCUGUUGAGCCUGUUGAAGUACGAUCGGCAAAGGGUAGCCAGGGGUCUGGGAUUGGUCAAGAAGAUGGACAGGGAAUGGGGACGGGCUGGUGAGCGGAUGGCAGAGAUUGAGAGAUACGCCAAAAGACUGCGGGAGCGUAGUACCCCGCAAGAGCAAGAGGUGGGCGCUGCUGAGGCAGCGGAGAUGCGGCUCAGGCACAGUGAUAUCGCACCCUCGCGCGAGACAAGACGACGACGUCGUAGAGCGCAUCGUCGCUUGGUGAGGGAAAAUGCUCAAACGCUCAAAUUGACCGUCCGAACUGCGAGGAGGUUGUUGAGGUGGACAUCCCAGAUGGGAAAAGAAGCCGGGGCUGAGAAGGCGCCGCCGCCAUCCGAAGAAGAGGCAGCUCAUGGUGGAUCAGUUGCCAGUAUCGACGCUGAGCAGCUCUCGCCGCAGGCCGAAACAACACCGGUGGCUGGGGCGAUACUGCCCGUGGAGCACGGCGAAGUCCACAAGUCGCAGGCAAAGGUCGAGCAGACCGCGGUGGACGGGAAGACUACCGCUGCUCGCACCUCCUCUUCCCGUCGUUCCUUCGCGUCGCGAGCCACCGAGAUCCUACAGCUCGCCCGCUCCUGGCGCAACGCUGACCGACAGGAGCAGUUGCUACUGGCCUCGAUGCGGCCGAAGCCCUCAAGCACAACAUCUACAUCGAAGUUGACGGCCCACACCACGCCAGCUAUCAGCGAGAUUUGCGAGCAGCAAGGACCGCCCCUUUCGCUCGGCCGUCAUCGCCCUCGACCUCAUGAGAGCGUCAUUGCCUACCCACUGAACCCAGGCCCGGCGCACACGGUUGGAUUGCGGGGUCAGAGGAAGGAGCGGGCAAGAUUUAGACGAGCGGUCGCGCUGCUGAGCAGGAGAAGGGAGGUGGGUGAUGCGAAGCAGCAUGGGAUUGACAGAAGUGGAGGGUAGAUGCGAGGGCUGGGGCAGGGUCAAAAGGAGUGGCUAAUGUGCAUGCGAUCCCCUAUCUCUUUUCGGCCAUCUGCCUUUUCGGGCCAGCGAGACGAGGUGCACAGCGAUUGCUAGGCAGAGGAUCGAUGCAGCCAUUACUGAAGCGAAAGCUAUGUACAAAGAGCGUUGCCUCUCGCCCAAUCACGUCGUGUCGUGUCGUAUACGGAUAUCUGGUCGUGUACAGUCAUGCUAUGUUCAUACCUCUUACUGCCCCUCCUCCCUUCUCCCUCCUGAUCCCUCAUCGCACUCUCACCUCA